AUGGAUCUGACUGGCAAACCCUCAGACCCAGACCACAAGGUCAAGAGAACAACAAACAGCGCGGAAGAAUCUCCCGAUGUACCUCCAAUGGCUACUAUUCGUGACGAUGAUGAACUUUUGCUAGCUCGAAUCGGUUAUAAGCAGGAAUUGCGACGAGAGUUCUCGAAAUGGUCCACUGUCUCCUAUGCCAUCUCUAUUCUCGGAGUCCUGGGCUCUGUCCCAGCGACGUUCGGCUCGCCGCUGUCUGCUGGCGGCCCAGCUACAGCUGUCUGGUGCUGGUUGAUCGGUUCCUGCAUGGCGAUGUGCAUCGGUAGUUCGGUGGCGGAGUUAGUGUCUGCGUACCCCACGGCGGGAGGCAUGUACUUUGUCACCAAGCAUGUCGUACCUCCUGAUCAGGUCCCGAUCUUCUCCUGGGUCCAGGGCUGGUGCAAUCUCCUCGGCCAGACAGCUGGUGUCUCUAGCGUGGCCUACACGAUCAGUCAGAUGCUGCUUGCGUGUGUGAGCAUGAAUUCGGAUCUUGUUGAUGGCAAAUACUCGUAUACACCAACAGCACUAGAAACCGUCUUGGUGUCGAUUGGGUUGUUGUGCAUCAUCGGUAUUAUCUGCUCAUUGACCACGAAGACUUUGCAUAGAAUCAUUCUCUGGUUCGCUCCAAUUAACAUGACGGCCACAGUCUGCAUCUGCGUUGCACUUCUAUAUCUCACUCCCAAUAAACAACCGGCCUCCUGGGUCUUCACCCACUUUACGGAUGGCUCUGGCUGGGGCUCAAAAAUAUUUUCCUUCUUUCUCGGGUUUUUGUCGGUGGCCUGGACGAUGACCGAUUAUGAUGGGACGACACAUAUGUCUGAAGAAACACACGACGCCGCAAUACGGGGCCCAGUCGCUAUACAAACAGCCGUUCUUGUCUCUGGCGUGUUCGGAUGGCUCUUAACCGUCUCGAUGUGUUUCUGUCUAACUGAUUUCGAAACCAUCCUGAAAAGUCCAACAGGUCUCCCCGCCGCACAGAUUUUUUUAAACGCUGGCGGGAAACGAGGCGGCACAGCCAUGUGGGCAUUCGCUAUUCUCGUGCAAUUUUUCACAGGCUGUUCUGCAAUGCUGGCAGAUACAAGAAUGGCAUAUGCCUUUGCCAGAGACGAAGCACUCCCAUUCUCCAAAUUUAUUUCUAAGGUUAAUUCUAAGACCCACACCCCAGUCAAUGCGGUCUGGUUCGUGGUAUUCUUCAGUGUCGUCUUGAACUGUAUUGCCAUUGGAUCAACGCAGACGGCUACGGCCAUUUUCAGUGUUACAGCACCGGCACUCGACAUUUCUUAUGUGUCUGUGAUACUCGCACACCAAAUCUACAAGUCCAAGGUGAAGUUCAUAGAGGGACCGUUUACACUGAAGAAAUGGGGCACUCCCAUCAACUAUGUUGCUAUCGUAUGGGUUAUGUUCAUCAGCACCAUUCUUUUCUUCCCAUCACAGAUCCCCGUCACAGCCGCCAAUAUGAACUACGCAGUCUGUGUGGCUGCUUUCAUUGCUGCCUUUGCCUUGAUCUGGUGGUGGUUGACCGCUCGAGGAAAGUACACUGGUCCACGAACGAAUGAUGUGAUCCAAGAGCUUCCCACAGAAGAUGAUGGUGCCGACUUCGACGACGAACAGGGGGAGAUCACUGUGUAG